AUGGCUGACUCCGACUCCCCCGUCACCCUGCGCACUCGCAAGUUCAUCCGCAACCCUCUGCUUGGCCGCAAGCAGAUGGUCGUGGAUAUCCUCCACCCCAACCGUCCUAACAUCUCCAAGGACGAGCUCCGCGAGAAGCUGGCCACCCUCUACAAGGCCACCAAGGACCAGGUCAACGUCUUCGGUCUCCGCACCCAGUUCGGUGGCGGCAAGACCACUGGCUUCGCCCUCGUCUAUGACUCCCCCGAGGCCAUGAAGAAGUUCGAGCCCCACUACCGUCUUGUCCGUGUCGGCCUUGCCUCCAAGAUCGAGAAGGCUUCUCGCCAGCAGCGCAAGCAGCGCAAGAACCGCCAGAAGACCCUCCGCGGCACUGCCAAGGUCAAGGGUGCCAAGCCCAAGAAGGAGAAAUAA